GUUUUUGAGUCGCACAAAAUUAACACGUUCUCGUAUUUGUUCCGUUUUUAUUUCCCGAAAUCCAAAAUAUAUGUUUGUGUAUUGAAAAAAGAAAAAUCAAAAUUACGAUAAACUAAUAAUACACACACCAAUUGUUUAGUCACGUGCAAUCUAACACACACAGAAUGGAGUCCAAGAGUAACGACAAGGCUGUGGAAGAGCAGGAGCACUAUCAGUGCCACAAGUGCAAGGAGAUGAUUACAAAGCGUGUUGUCUGCGCACUUGGCAAGAGAUGGCAUCCGGAGCAUUUUCUCUGCCGUGACUGUGACAAGCAGAUUAAGGAUGAUAUUUUCAAUAUUCAGGAGGGGGAGCCUGUGUGCAGCGAAUGCUUUUUGGAACGCUACACGAGCACCUGUGCCGCCUGCAAGGAGCCAAUUCUCGAUAGGACCAUUCGCGCCAUGGGCACCAAUUGGCAUGAGAAUUGUUUCGUUUGCGAUGGCGCCUGCAAGCAGCCCUUGAAGGAUUGCGCUUUCUUUGAGCGAGACGGCAAGGCCUAUUGCAAGCAGGACUACGAGGAUAUGUUCGCGGUGCGUUGCGCCAAGUGCGAGAAGCCCAUAACCGAAAACGCCAUCGUCGCCAUGAAUGCCAAAUGGCAUUCGGAUUGUUUCUGCUGCAAUCGUUGCGAGAAUCCAAUUACCACGAAAACAUUCACCAUCGAGGGAGACAAGCCCAUCUGUCCGGCCUGCACCUGCUAGUUAACAUCGCAGUUGAAUACCCUAUAUAAUAACAUACAAAAAGAAAAAAAACGAAAGAAAAAUUAGCUUCGACUCUCCAAAGAUAAUAUAUCCUUAAGAUUCGGAGUGUCUCUGCUCAUAUCCUAAAAAAUGGACACUAACACAAGCUCAAAUCAAGUUGACAAUAUGUUACUAUCCUAUCCUCAACUGGAUGCGAGCUUUUGUUGGUGAGUCUUUGUUAUACAGCCAGUUAAUAUUACACAUGUACCUUUAAUCUCGAUCGGAGACUCAAUAAACUAUGUAGAAAUAAUCAAA